AUGGGUAAAUUUAAUGUUUGGCAGCCACCACGAGUAGAUUGGAAUAAAGCCAGCUGGGGGACAAUGCAGGCGCAAUGUUCCGAAUUAAAUGCUGACAGAUACGGUCAAGGCCUGACUGAUAUGCAAAUUAUGCAUUUCUUGCCUGCUAGCCCUCGAGAUUCUUCCAGGAAACUCCCUCGCGAUCAGCCUAUUUCUUCUUCCACUGAUUCUCAACACAAAGCACGAUCGGCUGCUAUUCUACGUGCUUGGCAUGAUAUGGAAUGGACCGAUGACUUCAAACAACAUGUUCGUUCUCUCAUUAUGGAGCUGUCGCUACACUCCGGGGGCGAGUAUCAGGUCUACAUUCUGUGCCACGCUGAAAGACAAAACAUCCCACUUAACCAAGAAGACCUCGACUCUACCCGGCAAGUUAAGGCUAAAUUCGUGCCACCGGAGUUUAUGGUUCUGACCGUUCUUUUCAACAAUCAGACUUUAGAGUCAUGGUAUCCCAAGGUCGAAGAUCACAGCACAAAAUCCCAAUACUUGCAACCAGUUCAAAUCUUUGCUCAAACUCUCCAACAAUCUGAUUAUUAUUGGCAGCUGGAAAUGGAUUCCAGGUUCACCGGCCAUGCCUAUCACUUUCUAGAGCAAGCUGUGAAGUUUGCCAAGGCACAGCCUCGAAAGUACCUUUGGGUGCGAAACUCCUACUUCUUAAUUCCAGGAGCCCAUGGAACGUGGGGACGAUUUAUGCGUAUGGUCGACGCUUCUAUGAGAGGCCAAAACAGUAUCUGGGGCCCGAUGGAUCUAUCUGGAUUCAUUCACGCAUCUUCCGCUGCGAAUACCGAGCCUCCAAUGAUCCCAGUGGGCCCUCAAUCCCCCGUUUCUCCCCAGAAGAUGACAAGUUUGAAUGGGGUUCACUGGGGGAUUGACCUGGCGUCUGAGAUGACUGCUCCAACAUUGGCACUGUGGAACGGUUUAAAAGCAGUGCACGUUGCCCAGCCUGUCUACGUUGACGGUAAACGGACGUCGAAGGAGUUAGGCCGCAUACUGAAUCCUGGUACUCCUGAGAAAAUCAACGGUUGCGAAGAUAGUAUCUGGAACUGGGACCACCGCUGGGAUAAUAUCCUCUAUCGUGUGUCCUACAUGUUCUCGACACAGUGUCCGGAAGACUUAUAUCGGAGAUGGAUGGGCUUCAAAAUUGAUCCCCUUCAAUAUACGGACGGCACCUAUCAUCAAGAUCAGCAAGGUCGCAACUGGUUCGAAACUGGCGAUCUGCGAGAGGAU